AUGGGGGACGAGAAGGACUCACAACGAUACGAAGCCUUAGCAAUUCCAUCAUAUGAAGAGGCGACAUCCUCACGCCCUACUUCUUCACACCUACGGCUUGGGCCUGAAGAGAUCAGUGAUGACGCGGAAAGGCAAGGCCUCCUUCGCUAUUCUCCCCAGUCCCGCACGCAAUCACCCAAUGGCUACCAGCCUCCAACGGUUGAAUCUGCAAGAUCGAGCCUCGACCUACCUCCUUCAGUUGAUGGCUCCGAACGACGCUCGGCCGAGGAACUACGACAUGAAAUGGAACAAUUGGAAGUGGAGGAGGCAGAUAAUGACAAUGGAUCGCAUCGGUCGCUGCUGACGAACCGCUUCUCCAAAAGCAUCACAAGCUUUACGAAUUCAAUAUCUUCGCUUCAUCUCCCUUUCCGCCAAUAUCUCCCUUCCUUCUCCCUUCCUCGUAUACGACCUGGAUCGUGGGUUCGAGCCGAGCAUACUCGCUUUGUCAUAUUUGGGCGCAUUUUUGGCGCAUUCCUGAUCAUUUCCGUGGUAUAUUUACUGGUUGCAUCUGAUGUACUAUCGAUAGGCGCAAGAAGGUCAGUUGGCGAGGUUUACGAUCCCGAAAGUAUUAGGUUGUACAUUCAGAACCAUAUGAACGAAAAUGGGGACAUACAGCAGUAUUUGGAAUAUCUAACCAGAGAUGUACACAUGGCUGGGACCAAAGGGAACCUCUUCUAUGCGGAGUGGAUCAAAGAUUUAUUCGAAGCUGCUUCUCUGGAAGAUGUUGCGCUGGAGAGGUUUGACGUUUACCUCAACUACCCUACAGACAACGGGCGGAGGGUAGCAAUUGUACAGCCAGUAGAAAAGACUUGGGAAGCCAUGCUUGAGGAAGAUGCCAUUCAUCAGAGUAGUCCACAAACAUAUUCACCGGUAUUUCAUGGUCAUUCGAGAACUGGAAACGUCACUGGGCCUCUCAUCUAUGCCAAUUAUGGAUCCAAGGACGACUUUAACUGGUUGGAGCGACAAGGAAUCUCGUUAGUGGGUGCUAUAGUUAUUGUUCGUUAUGGUGGAACACAAGGCGACCGUGCGUUGAAGGUCAAGGCUGCAGAGCUUGCUGGAGCCGCUGGAUGCAUUAUCUACUCAGACCUCGAACCCAACGGCGAAGUAUGGCCUGACGGCAGGUUCAUGCCUCUUGAUGGUGUCCAACGUGGAGCUGUAUCACUUAUGUCCUGGGUGGUUGGUGACGUGUUGUCACCUGGUUGGGCAUCAACUCCUGGCGAGAAGAAACGACUUUCGCCCGAGGAGAGCACUGGGCUGGUUAGGAUACCAUCUCUUCCAAUCUCCUGGCGUGAUGCAAAGCAUUUGCUAGAGGCGAUCCAGGGUUAUGGCAAAGAACCCCCACAAGACUGGCAAGGUGGUUCCUUAGCAAAUGAAUAUUGGACGGGGAACCAGAACUCACCAAUGGUGAAUCUCAUGAACAUGCAAGAUGAAGUCAUUCGCGAGCCCAUUCACAAUGUGCUUGGACGGAUCUCUGGCUGGGAGCAGACCGAAAAGAAAGUCAUAAUUGGCAAUCAUCGUGAUGCGUGGUGCGUAGGAGGUGCUGAUCCGGGGUCUGGCACAGCUAUCAUGCUUGAGGUAGUGCGUAUUUUUGGUGAGCUUCGAAAGCUUGGAUGGAGACCUCUGAGGACGAUUGAGUUUGCAAGCUGGGACGGUGAAGAAUACAAUCUAAUUGGCAGCACCGAACAUGUGGAAAACCGUCAAGACGAGCUGCGGCGCGAUGGAUAUGCGUAUAUUAAUGUCGACGUCGGCGUGAGUGGAUCUGACUUCUGGGCAGCCGCUUCGCCUCUAUAUGAACGGGCGCUUCUUCGAGUUUUGGAUCGGACAUCUGACCCAACGACAAAUCGGACUCUCCGCAACCUGUGGGAUGCUAAACACGCUAGUCUCGAAGGUCUUGGUGCUGGGAGCGAUUAUGUUGCUUUCCAGGAUAUCGCCGGCACGUCUUCCAUUGAUUUCGGAUUUCGAGGUCAAUCUUUUCCCUACCAUAGCUGCUACGACAAUUAUGAGUGGAUGAUCAAAUUCGGUGACCCAUCCUUUGGACACCACACUGUCAUGGGUCAAAUCUGGGCGCUGUUAGCGCUCGAGAUUGCCAACAAGCCGAUAUUGCCAUUCGAUAUGGAGGAUUACGCCAAGUAUGUGGAGGGUUAUGUCAAUGAUCUUGAACAAUAUGUCCGAACAAAGGAGAAAGAUGCCAGUGUACCAAACGCAUUGAAUUUCAGGGUGCUGCACGAUACAGCUGCCGAGUUCAAGACGGAAGCACAUACCUUUCAGGAUUGGGCGCGAGCAUGGACAGACGUGGUAUUUUCUGGGGGUGGAUUUGAAAACAACGUGAUGGCUAUUAAGCGGAUGAGUCACAACAAUCGAAUGGCAAACUUUGAGACUCAUUUACUUGAUCUGGAAGAGGGUGGCGGUCUUCCAAAUCGUACACAGUUCAAACACGUGUUCUUUGCACCACAGGCAUGGUCAGGUUACGACGAGGCAUUCUUUCCCAGCAUCCGGGAUGCUGUUGAUGUCGGUGAUUGGGAAGCGGCUCAAAAAGAAGUCAAUAAAGUUGCGGAUAUCUUUGGCAAGGCUGUUCACAAACUGAACCAUAAUUGA